AUGGCUUCGCGAGACAAAGCCGAGGGCGACUCGGCCGCGAGCGCCGGGCCCAGCGCCGGCCCCAGCGCCGACCAGCCCGACCAGCCCGACCAGCUCGCCAGCACCGCCUUCAACGAGGGCGAGAGUGACGAAUUCGAGUUUGGCGGCUCCUUGGGCGCCCUGGGGUUGAUGAUGGGCUUCCCCCUGCUCAUGUGGUACAUGUGGAUUGGCGCAACCUACUACCACGGCAAACUGCCCCUUCGCAACGACGACCAGACGUGGCUCCAGUUCGGCGGCCAUCUCGCCCGCCUCGUCUACCAAGGCGCGUUCCCGACCGCCAAGGCGUGGGCCAUCUACUGGGCCUUCUUCGUCCUGGAGAUGCUCAUGUACUGCUUCAUGCCUGGCGUCCUGGUGCAGGGCCGCCCUCUCCCCCACCAAGGUGGUCAACGUCUGCCGUACUACUGCUCCGCCUACACGAGCUUCUACGCAACCAUUGCCGCCGCCGCCCUGCUCCAUGUCACCGACGUCUUCCCCCUGUACACCCUCGUCGACGAGUUCGGGUCCAUCAUGACGGUGGCUAUCCUCUCGGGCUUUCUGAACAGCUUCGUCGUCUACGUCCAGGCUGUUGUCCGAGGGAGGACCCAUCGUCUGACAGGGCAUCCCAUCUACGACUUUUUCAUGGGCGCCGAGUUGAACCCCAGAAUAGGCAUUCUCGACUUCAAGAUGUUUUACGAAGUGCGCAUCCCGUGGUACAUCUUGUUCUUGAUAACGGCCGCCACCGCUUGCAAGCAGUACGAGCAAUACGGUUACGUCUCGGCAGAGGUCAUGUUUCUGGUCAUGGCGCACUACCUCUACGCAAAUGCCUGCGCCAAGGGGGAAGAGCUGAUUACUUCUAGCUGGGACAUGUACUUUGAGAAGCUCGGCUUCAUGCUCACAUUCUGGAACAUGGCUGGCGUGCCCUUCAGCUACUGCCACUGCGCGCUGUACUUUGCAAACCACCCUCCUUCCGAGUACCGAUGGAACAAGUACGCCUUGGCAGCCCUCCUGGUCGUCUACCUGUUCAUGUACUGGAUGUGGGACACGUCCAACAGCCAGAAGAACUCGUUCCGUCUGAUGGAGCGCCAGGGCAGCCUGGUGUCGCGAAACACCUUCCCCCAGCUGCCGUGGCGCACUCUCAAGAACCCCAAGGCUUUGGAGACGGCAGCGGGGGACCGCAUCUUGGUGGACGGGUGGUUCGGCAUUGUGCGGAAGCCAAACUACGUGCCGGACAUGUUCUUUUCGUUUUCGUGGGGGCUGAUUACCGGCUUCAAGAGCCCCUUUCCGUGGUUCUACCCCGUGUUCUUCAUGACCAUGAUCAUCCACCGCUCCAACCGAGAUAUCGAGCGGUGCAGGCGCAAGUAUGGCGAUGCCUGGAAGCAGUACGAGAAGGAGGUGCCGUACCUAUAUAUACCAUACCUGAUUUGA